UCACGCCUGUCCGCCAUGAUGGAUGUUCUCAGCCAUGGAACGGUACGUGUGCACAGUUCGCGGUGACGUCACGGAAAGCGGGAUGUUGAUGUUUUGGAAGUGGGCCGCGGUGCUGAUGUAAAAGUUAGCCGGUUUCUCUGUUCUCUGGCGAGCGUUAGACGCUGUUUCUGAGCUCGGGGGGCGUGUUGGGGCGUCCGGCGGUGCCUGUUGUAGGUGUUGCGGCCGUGCACGUGGCUGGAAUAAUGGAGGCGUGACAUCAUCUGUGUGCUAAGCGGGCGGGAACAAUGACAUGUACGCAGGGUGUUAGCUAGGUGUGAAGUCUGCCCCCCUCCCCACCGGAACGGAACCUACAACUGUCGUCUGCACGGCACAACAACAGAGGAACUACACACAACACACGCCAGGCUGCUGCAGGGCCACUGCUGAGGUGGGAUGGAUGUUUGUUAGUUAGUUAGUACGUUCCUGGCCGCUGCGAUGGACUGCCAGCUGCCCCACCUCCCGCUGCAUUACGAUGACUCGCCUGACUCUCCACCAAUCGACAGGCUCACAAAUGGUUACCAUAGCGAUGACCCCGACCAUGGGAGGUCGUCGCCCGAACGUUACCUCAAGGUGUCAGACGUACAUAACAGCCACAGUGCGGACUCGCUGAGUCAGAGGGACUCCGGUACAAGAUGGACUCUCCCGCGGCUGAAAAGCUACGAUGCAGUUGUCUUCGACGCUCUCAAAGUUUCCCCGGAGGAGUUCGCUUCCCAAAUCUCGCUGCUGGAUCUGCCAGUCUUUAAGGCCAUCAGUCCAGAGGAGCUGCUAAGCUGCGCAUGGAAUACGAAGGAGAAAGUGCGGCACUGUCCGAAUGUUGUAAACAUGACCAGGAGGUUUAACCAUGUGAGUUUCUGGGUGGUGCGAGAAAUCCUGACAGCGCAGACCUUAAAGAUUCGAGGGGAGACGCUGAGCCACUUUAUAAAGAUAGCCAAGAAACUGUUUGAGUUGAACAACAUCCACUCCACCAUGUCGGUGGUGUCUGGACUUCGCAGCGCUCCCAUCUUCAGACUCAACAAGACUUGGGCACUCCUAUCCAGAAGAGACAAGGCAGUUUUUGACAGGUUAGCUGAGGUUCUAACAGAAGACGAGAACAGACAAAGACUCAGAGACUACAUGGAGGACAUCCGGCUGCCCUGCAUCCCUUACCUGGGUAUGUACCUGACGGACCUGACGUACAUCAACGCGGCCCAUCCGCACUCCGGCGGUCUGGAGAGCGACCAGAGGAGAACAAAGAUGAACAACAUCUGCAGAAUCAUCUCCGAGUACCAGCAGUCCAGCUACGACCACCUGCCAGUCCUGGGGCAUGUGCAGAACUACCUGCGAUCCGUGCACUACAUCGAAGAGCUGGAGAAGUUUGUGGAAGACGACAACUACAAGUUGUCCCUGAAAAUUGAGCCAGGCAACAGCAGGCUACACAGAACAGCGAAAGACGACUUAUCAGUGAACGGCAAGUCGGCUCUGACCCAGAAGGCGUCCCUCCAGUGCACUCCGACCUCUAACCCCCGCUUCGUGCCCACACAUCGCAAGAGCCGCAGCCUCGGCACGAACUUCCUGUGCCAUACAGUCCAAGCAGAGGCAAAGAGCCCGCCUCCCCCCGCGGGUGCCAAUGGUUCGCGCCAUCUCCUUGACGACAGCGUUCUGGAAGAGUCUCCUGUGGCGUCCAUCGAGGGUUCUGUUAACGGCAUCUCUCUAGGAAGCAGCGAAGGGUCAGAGGUCAGCGAUGAGCAAGAAAUCUUCAACCCGGACAGCUCGUACUGUGAGAGUCCUGAGUCCGACACGCCCGGAGACGUGGCAGCUUCUCAGUUCCCUAUACAAGGGUUCUUGAGACGAAAGACGAUACUGAAGAACGGCAGCAAGCCUCGCGUGGCGCCGUGGACGCGGUACUGGGUGGCUCUCUGGGGGACUUCGCUGAUCUACUACGCAGCUAAAUCACUGCGGGGGCAGGACAGGCAUCAUUUUAAGUCCACCCCAGGAAAGAUUGUGUCUGUUGUCGGCUGGAUGGUGAUCCGGGGAGACAAUCCGGUCCAGCCCGACAUUUUCCUCCUCACAGACUCCGACAAAGGAAACACGUACAAGUUCCAGGCAGGAAGCCAGCUGAAUGCCCACCUGUGGUACCAGCACCUGGGCGAGGCUACCAAAGGGGCGCAGAAACAGGGGCCAACAAACCUCAUGUCAUUCGAAUGACCACAGAUGGACUACGCGUAUCGUUCCAACGACCAUAAAAGGACUACGCGUGUCAUUCAAAUGACCACAGAUGGACUACGCGUGUCGUUUUUAUGACCAAAGACGAACCACGCGUCGUUCAAAUGACCCCGGAUGGACUUGAAACUUGAAACUACUUGUGUCGUUUGAAUGACCCCGGAUGGACUAACUAAAGCCAAGGCUGCUGCAACUUUAACCGACUCGCUGGUGCUAUAGAGGGACUUUAACAUCUCAGAAUGCUGCAAUACGAAAUGCUCCUGUACUGAUGUGCAAUGGUGCAUAACAGAACCUACGGUGCAAUUCAGCUGGUCAGUGUUGUAUUGUACAGCUAUGCACUGUGUAAGGAAACACUGCCAGUAAAUACUACAUACUAAAGUACUACUGGCCAUUCAUGUGUGGGGAAACAGGAAACACCACAGACUUCAGUACUACUGGCCAUUCAUGUGUGGGGAAACAGGAAACACCACAGUCUUCAGUACUACUGGCCAUUCAUGUGUGGGGAAACACCACAGACUUCAGUACUACUGACCAUUCAUGUGUGGGGAAACAGGAAACACCACAGUCUUCAGUACUACUGGCCAUUCAUGUGUGGGGGAAACCCCACAGUCUUCAGUACUACUGGCCAUUCAUGUGUGGGGAAACACCACAGACUUCAGUACUACUGGCCAUUCAUGUGUGGAGAAACACCACAGACUUCAGUACUACUGGCCAUUCAUGUGUGGGGAAACAGGAAACACCACAGACUUCAGUACUACUGGCCAUUCAUGUGUGGGGAAACAGGAAACACCACAGACUUCAGUACUACUGGCCAUUCAUGUGUGGAGAAACACCACAGACUUCAGUACUACUGGCCAUUCAUGUGUGGGGAAACACCACAGUCUUCAGUACUACUGGCCAUUCAUGUGUGGGGAAACAGGAAACACCACAGUCUUCAGUACUACUGGCCAUUCAUGUGUGGAGAAACAGGAAACACCACAGACUUCAGUACUACUGGCCAUUCAUGUGUGGAGAAACAGGAAACACCACAGUCUUCAGUACUACUGGCCAUUCAUGUGUGGGG